UAAAAAUAAUUAAUAUAUAUAUAAGUAUAUAAAUCUAUUUUUAGAUAAAUUUGGGUACCCGAAUACUUCGGUUCGGAUCAGAUUUGGUUCUAUAAAUAACAAAAUUUUGAAUAAUUCGAAUAUUUAAUCAAUUUAUGUUCGGGUUUGGUACUAUAUUUUCGGAUCGGUAUCGGUUCUGUUCCUUGGAUUCAUUUUGUAAAACCCUAAUAAUUACAUAAAAAAACAAAUAUCAACAUAUUUUUCAAAAUAUACAUCUGCGCGCCUGCGCGGGUCAAAAUCUAGUUAUUUAUUAAAACUAAUGACUGAGCCUAAAUUAAAUCAUGGAAUAUGACAAAGAAUUUCUAAAAAUAAUAAAACAUGAAAAUAAUAAAAAUAACCUAAACUUAUGGAGAAUAUGAGAAGUAAGCAAAACUAAAAUUACCACCUAAAAUUAUUUUAAAUAUGAUAAAUAAAUAAAAUUACUAACUAAAAUUAUAAAAAAACAUAACAAAUAAUAAAUAAUUAUGGAGGAUAUGAAAAAUAAGCAAAAAUCAAUGAUAAAUAAGCAAAAAUUACCUAUAAUCAAGGAGAAGAAGACAACUAAGGAAAAUCACUUCAUAAAUAAUAGUAUAGAUCUAACAUAAAUAUAGAAAUGUGAAAAAUACUUAACGAUUUUAUAAAUGUGAUGGCUCGUCGCAAGAGUCUCCUUUUUGUCUGUUUUGGAGAAAUGCUGAUCGAUUUUGUACCAACAACAUGCAGACUAUCAUUGGCCCAAUCACCAGCUUUCAAAAAGGCUACAUGGGGUUCACUUGCAGAUGUAGCUAUAGCCUAUAGGUAUCACUCGUGUUGGUGGUUCAUUAGCUUUCAUUGGGAAGGUGAGACCAAACCUGUAUUUCACGUUUUGAUAUUAAAAACUGCGUUUUUUUUUCUUGAGGCUAUGUGAAUGUAUACAUACAUGUGGGUGAAGAUGAAUUUGGUUUUAUGCUUGCAAAGUUGCAAGUAUAUAUUCUAAAUGAAAUUAGGGUGAACAAUGAAGUAGGAGACAAGUAAAUAUAAAGUUAUGCGUCACACUCACACCAAAACAACUUGGGAAUUUUAAUGCCUAAUUUUAUAAACUCUUAAAAUUUCAAAAUUCUAUAAGAAUACUUGUAAAUCUUCCAAAGAUGUUUUGAAGAUUAAUAAAGCUUUAUAAAUUAUUUUAUAAACCUUUAUCAAUUAUUUAAAACUCUUGCAAAUGAUUUAUUAACCUUUAUAAAUAAUAGAUCAACUCUUAUAAAUGUAUAUAUACCUUAUAAAUGGUUUAUAAACCCUAAUAAGUUAUUUAUAAACACUUAUAAAUGACUUUUAAACUGUUAUGAAUAAUUUAUAAAUCCUUUUAAAAUGAUUUUAUAUACACGUAUAAAAGUUUUAAAAUCUAUUUCAUAAAGUUUAUCAACAUUCUAUAAGAUAAUUCAAAUAUAAUUCAGAUAAUCAGAAUAUUUCGGGUAUUUUUCAUGUAUUCGGGUCAGAUUUUGAGUAAAAUUUCGGAUAUUUUUGGGUAUCUAUAUAUUUUCAAGUUCUUUUUGUGUGUUUUGGGUAUUUUUUGGGCUGGACUCGACAUGAGCCGAACCGAACCCGACCCAGAAUCAAACCGAAUCCGAACUGACAAAUUCUAAUUACCCUAUUGGGCUCAACUAUAUAAGACUCGAACCGAUCCAGACCUGUCAUGACCCAAACUGAACCCAAGCCGACAAAUUCUUAUUACCCUAUUAAGUCUAAAUAUGUAAGACUCGAAGGACCCGGAUCCGACAAGACCCAACCUGUACCCGACCCGAGAACCCAAAUGCCUAGGCCUAAUGGUCACAAUAUAUUAUUGGAAAAUUAUAAGGUUAAUAUAAAAUAUAUUUAAUAAAAUUUCUGAAAUUCGGUUCAAUUUGAAAAAUCACAUAUGCAAAAGGUUGUUUUAACAUGUUUUAAUAGUACAUAUAUUUGACUAUAGUAGAAAUUCUAUAAAUUUAUACUUGAUAAAUUAAUAAGCACGAUAAAUUACUAUAUGUUCUCGGCCUAAUAAUGACACAAAUCGAUAAUACAAUAAAAAUAAUAUAAAGUUGAAUUAAAAUUUAAUUAAGGUAAAAUCAAUUAAUUUUAUUUUUAUAAAAAGUCGGUUCUAAAAUAGAAAAAAAUCUAAAAACAAAUUUUUGUAAAUUAAUAACUCUAGAAAUUAAUAAAAUACCAUAGUCUCAACAUUAUUAUUUUAUAGUUUUUACUGUAUAUAAUUUGACUAUAGUAGAAAUUCUAUAAAUUUAUACUUGAUAAAUUAAUAAGCACGAUAAAUUACUAUAUGUUCUCGGCCUAACAAUGACACAAAUCGAUAAUACAAUAAAAAUAAUAUAAAGUUGAAUUAAAGUUUAAUUAAGGUAAAAAUAAUAUAAAGGUGAAUUAAAGUUUAAUUAAUAGUACAUAUAUUUGGCUAUAGUAGAAGUUCUAUAAAUUUAUACUUGAUAAAUUAAUAAGCACGAUAAAUUACUAUAUGUUCUCGGCCUAAUAAUGACACAAAUCGAUAAUACGAUAAAAAUAAUAUAAAGUUGAAUUAAAUUUUAAUUAAGGUAAAAAUAAUAUAAAGGUGAAUUAAAGUUUAAUUAAUAAUACAUAUAUUUGACUAUAGUAGAAAUUCUAUAAAUUUAUACUUGAUAAAUUAAUAAGCACGAUAAAUUACUAUAUGUUCUCGGCCUAACAAUGACACAAAUCGAUAAUACAAUAAAAAUAAUAUAAAGUUGAAUUAAAGUUUAAUUAAGGUAAAAUCAAUUAAUUUUAUUUUUAUAAAAAGUCGGUUCUAAAAUAGAAAAAAAUCUAAAAGCAACUUUUUGUAAAUUAAUAACUCUAGAAAUUAAUUCCCAAUUAAUAAUAGUCCUAACAUUAUUAUUUUAUAGUUUUUACUGUAUAUAAUUUAGUCAUUCGUUUAAUGCAAGUAGAUAUUACUUUAAAUUUUUUAAAAAUAAAUACUAAACAUUAUUAAUUAGUUUGUUGGGAACCAAAAAUUAGAGUAGUAUUUGAGGAAGGUAAAAGAAAAUAGUCAACAAAUGGAAGAGUAUAUUGUGGUAAAAGAAAUGAGUCAACAAAUGGAAAAUUAUAUUAACAAAAAAAGAAAGUUGACUGCCAUUUAUGGUUCCAUAUCUUUCUUGUUAGGCAAUGGACAAAAGCUGAAACAUACAUUAACGUUAUAUAAAUACAUGUCAUGAAACCAUUUCUUUAAAUUAUUAUAUUUCAAUUGAGGGUUUUCUUUUGUUUCCGCUCAUUUUUUGCUGUGUGUUCUUCUUCACCAAUUCUCUCUUUCUAGAAAAGCUUGAGAAGCUGCCAUUAAAUCCAUUCAACGUGAAGCUUCUCUCUGCUCUUUCCUUUCAUCAUCGCAGUUUGAAAGGGAGGCUUAAGCUGUAGAGUAAUGUUGGAGACUAGUAAUGAAGACUGUGGAUCAGGACAAUCAUCAGAGGAAGAGAAUUUAAAUAGACAAAGAAGAUAUUUAGAAGCACUUGCGGAGUGGCGUUCGUCUGAUCAAGUUGAGAAUGGGUUUCCUUCGACGUGGCCUCCCAACUGGGACAUUGAUGAUGGAUCAAAACAUUCUGAACUAUAUGGGAAACAUACUUGGAAGAUUGAGAAAUAUUCAGAAAUCAACAAACCUGAGCUCCGCAGUGAUGUUUUUGAUGCUGGGGGAUACAAAUGGUAUAUUUCAAUAUAUCCACAAGGGUCUGAUGUUUGCAACUAUCCCGCUUUGCUUCUCUGUCUUGCAAACCAUGCAGAAAUUCCUCCGGGCUGCAGUCAUUUUGUUCAGUAUACUUUAGCUCUUGUGAAUAAAGAUCCAAAGAAAUCGAUAUAUUUUGAUUCACUAAACAGGUUAAAAAAGCUGGAGCAUUACUGGGACUGGGAUAAGCUUAUAGAGUUACCUAAAUUACAGGAAGGGUACAUUGAUGAUUUGGACUCUCUUAUCAUUAAAGCUCAAGUUCAGGUGAUCAGAGAGAAAAUCGACAGACCUUUCCGCUGCCUUUCUAGUCAGUACAGGAGGGAACUUCUUAGGGUAUAUUUGCCAUAUGUAGAGAACAUUUGCUGGCAGUUUAUGGAAGUGGAAAGAAUCAAACUUUUUAACCUGAUGCAAGACAAUGAAAAAUGGGAAAGCUUUAGUUCCUUCUGGUUACGGCUGGACCAAAACACAAGGCGUAAGAUGUCUCGAGAAAAAAUGGAUGUGGUUCUAAAUAUAGCUGCAAAAUUCUUCUUUGUCUUGAGGCAAGGUACAUCCACUUUGAUGAUGGAUUCCUUGUACAGUGGGUGGAAGACUAUUGAAGACGAAACUAAGAAGAAGAAAAAUAGGCAGAGACAAAUGGAUAACGUAGAAUUGCCAGCAGGCCCCGCUCCAAUUGUUAGUGUGGACCAAGACAUGUUUGUAUUAGUGGAUGAUCUGUUAGUACUCAUGAAGAGGACUGUUAUGGCGCCAUUGUCUAUAAAAGAGGAAAAUGGUUCUCAAAACCCUUCGAAGGUGUGGGAUGUUGGAGAGGAAUACAGUGAAGAAGCCAUAGUGCGUGAUGAGAGUCGUUUAACUGAGGUUGGUAGGCGGACUAUGGAGAUGCUUGUUCUUACACAUAUAUACGGCAGCAAGGUUGAAGUUGCAUACAAAGAACAUACUGCAUGGGAAAUGCAAGAAGAACUUAUUCGCGAAGAAGAGGAAGAGUGGCUGGCAGAAAGCAAACACAAGGCAAAAAGAGGAACAACCGAAAAAGAGAGAAAAUCUAAGAAGAAACAGGCGAAAAAGAAGAAGAACAACAAAAAGGAGAAAAGGAAAGAAGAGAAAGCGAGAUCCCAAACGGAAGAAAGGGAUACUGAGGAAGAGGAAAGUGUUAGAGAGAAAACAGAAUCACCAGCUGAGGAACCUGACACACUUGGAGAGAGCAUGCCUGUUCCUUGUGAAUUAGAUGCCCCUGAGAUUCACAAUCCCCCAUCAGAAAACACUAGUGGAGGCAGAGGAAGAGGCAGUUCCAUAUCUAUCCCUAGUGGAGACAGUUCCAUAUCUUUACCUAAUGGAGUUGCUGAAAGAAAGUCUACCUCAGUUUAUUCUAAUGAAUCUGUCCGGUCAUACAAAGGGAAUGUUUCAAACAGGCAAAACAAGAUUUGGCGUAUAAAAGGAAAAACGCAACCAAGAAACGUAUCUGGUGCCAACAGCUCAGCCACUGAAACAGAGAACCAACCUUCAAGACAUGCAUCGAACCCUAAGAGUCAAAGCCAUUCUUCUGAGACACGCAGAGUUGUUGAAGCUGGCGUGGUUAUCUCUCCCAUCCAGGAAGCACAGAACCCUAGGGAGCAUCAUCCUGUUACCAAGGAUCGUGGGACGGUUUUGACGCAAGAGAAAAGCCCUGCUGUGUUUUCCCCACCCAAAGCUUCUCCCUGGAAUCUCCCAUCUGCGAGGUCACCUGUGUCAGAUCAACAAGCAUCACAAUCUCGAGAUAUUGAGUUCCAAACUGUGGGUUCUAGAGCCGCUCUACAGAAUACUACUUCCACAAUACCUCCUUCUAUGUCAACAAGGCCUUUGCGUGCUCCUACAUUCCUUCCAAAGCCAGCUGCACCUCGAACCUCAGCAACUUCCUUUGCUCGUUCAAUGAGCUCAACAGGCCCUGUAAGUGCCCCGACACAUACUCAAACUUAUAUUCCUCAAUCCUAUAAAAACGCCGUAGUUGGUUCCGACCACUCAAGCUCUCAGUCGACGGGAACAAGCGCAUUGCUCUCAAUAUCUAAUCACUCUGGCUUCCCUAUCAACGUUGCCUCGGCGGAGGUUCCGUGGACUGGUGGUUCAAGCUCAAGCAGAGAUACAAGUGCAACAAAUAUCAGCGGGAAUCAUAGAAUGAACCCUGUAAGUACUAGCAUGAGGCAAAACGGUGCUCAGAUUAGGAGACCAGCACAGAGUCUGAUGACCGAUGAGUUCCCUCAUCUCGGUAUCAUCAAUGAUCUGCUCGAAGAAGAACCUGUUUUGAUGGACGCAACUAGCGGAUACCGUUUGCCACAAUGGUUGAGCGACGUGUACUCAUAUCUUGCGGAUGUGGGGAUCUCUGGCAGGUAUAGGAGUUACAGUGAACACAUGUCAGGUUCAUCAUCUUCUUCUUCUUCUUUUUCGUUGUAUGGGAACGGCCAGAGUGCGAAUAUGGCUACGAGGAGCCAGAACGAUGCAUUCUACUUACCCUACCUUUGACGUAGACUCAUCAAACCCGAACUUGUCAACUCCAAUCAAUGGCUACUGAGUUUUUGUUUUGGAGUGGCAGGUAUGCAUGCAUUUAUAUCUUAUACAUAUGAAGAUGGAAAGAAAACUAAAAGAAAACAAUUAUGUUAUGUUAAUUUUCGUCCUCUUCGUUUCAAAUGAACUCUCUAUACAUUUUUAAAAAUAAUACAGUAAUAAUUAUGUCUCUUUUUAUUUCUUUUGGUGUUCAUAUAUUUUGCUUUUUUUUUAAAGGUUCAUAUAUUUUGCUUUUUUUUUAAAGGUUCAUAAUACAUAUUUUGCUUUCACCCUCUCUAUCCGUUACACAGAAGGUCUCGAGAUAGUGGAUUCUAUAUAUUGUAAUAGAUUUGAGCCAACCAUUUUGGAGUAUUUAAUUAAUGUGUGAGUGCACAACGAGUGUGUUUAGGAUAGAAGUAGAACUAUAACAAAUAUAAGUCCACUUGAACUCUAUUCAAAAUGCUCAUUGCUCAAGGAAAUGGAAAAUGAGAAAAAGAACACAAGUUCUUUGAUAACACUCCAACAUGAUAUCCCCGAUAAUGUUUUUUUGCUCAUUACAUGAUAUCCACAAGAACAUGAUAUCCACAAGUUUUGCGCAUUACACACACGAUGUAUAUAUAUGAUAUCCCCAAUGUUUUUUUGUAAAGAAUAUAACACUCCAACAUAAAAACUUUAUUUUCUCAUAGUUGAAAAACGUUAUGAAGAAAAAAAAAUGUUGUGAUUCGUGAUCAAACGAUGAAAUAUAAGUUUCAGCGGAACAUUUAUUGUGUGGAAAGAAACAUUUAAAUUCUUGAAAAUAUUUUACGUUCUGUUAAAAGUAAUGCAAAUUUUAGGCAUAAAAUGACCACAUGAAAGCCGUAUGAAAAAGGUCAUAAAAUGACCACCAAUUUCGAAAAUGU